AUGCUCAAGAAGAAGAGUAAGGCUAGUGGUUUUACUCCUGACUUAAGUGCCCAGAGAUCGAUGUCGAGUGAAAGAAAGGAGAUGCUAGGGGCCCUUAAUGUCGAUGGGGAAUCAAGGAGUGGUGGAGUUAUUGAUGUUGAUGCAAGAGAGGUGAACAUUGGCAAGACCAUGGGUGUUGGUGAGGAGAGGAUCCAAGCAGGCCAAGAUGGUACCGAAAGGGAGGCGACCUGGACAUCUGGCACCGAGGGCAUUGAAGGUGAGGUGUCAUGGACGCCAAGGGCUGGCGGCCUUGCCGAUCGCAGAGUGCUGCUGGGCGAUGAGCGCAAGCAGUGGAACCUGCAGGUGGUGUCGCUAGGCUAG